UGUGAAAAUUAUUACAAACGAUGAUAGAUAAAUAUAAAACAUUUUCUUGUUUCGUAAAUGGCGCUUGAAUUGACGUCAUUUGUGACAGAGAGCGUGUUAUAAAUUGAAUACUUCGAAGAGGAUCGAAUCUGUAGGAGUACGGUAUAUUGUGUUAUACACACACUGUUAAAGGAGUGAUAGCAAGUGACAGUUCUUCGUGUUUAUGCAAUCUGAUACUUUGAGAAGUGGAAAUGUUGGCGUACACUUAAAAUGAAUUUUAAUUCCUUGUUGUUAUGAAACUCGAAUGAUAUAUAAGUGCGUUUUAAUCGUCAUAACUGCCUAAAUAAAAUAGCACUAUUGAUAUUAUACAUACUUGUCAACUUGUCAAAAGCUAUAAAGAUGGAACAGAUAAAGAUUCCUAAGGUAGAAAAUGUACGAAUGUUGGAUAAAUAUAGCAAUAACCAUUCCGUUGGUACACUUUACUUAACGGUGACACAUCUGAUCUUCGUUGAAAGAAGUGGCAAAAAGAAAAUAUGGGUAUUAUACACGCAUAUCUCAAACAUAGAAAAACAGCCAUUGACAACAACAGGAUCACCAUUGUACAUUAAGUGCAAACAUUUUUUUAUUGUUACAUUCGUUAUCCCAAAAGAACGUGAUUGCCAUGAAAUUUAUUUAACAUUAUUAAAGUUAUCUUGUCCAGCUAGUUUGGAAGAUUUAUAUUGCUUUAAUUAUCAAGAAAAUGAAGAUAUAUUACCCCGGCAUGCAGGAUGGACUUUUUUCAAUAUACAAAGUGAAUUUCAGCGGCAGGGUGUUCCAAAUGAAGAAUGGUCACUUUCAUAUUUAAAUACUAAUUAUGAACUUUGCGAUACUUACCCAAGGUACUUAUAUGUUCCUAAUACGUGUACUAACAACAUUUUAUCGGGCAGUGCAAAGUUCAGGAGCAGAGGAAGACUGCCAGUUUUAACUUACUUACACUCAAAUAAGGCUGCCAUUUGUCGCUGUAGUCAACCACUCUCAGGAUUUAGUGCAAGAUGUCCUGAAGAUGAGCAAAUGAUGUAUAACAUAUUAUGUACAAAUCUCAAUUCGAAAUACAUGUAUGUUGUCGAUACGAGGCCACGAAUUAAUGCGUUUGCUAACAGAGCUGCGGGAAAGGGAUACGAAAACGAAAAUUUCUACGACAACAUCAAAUUUCACUUCUUUGGGAUAGAAAACAUUCAUGUAAUGAGAACAAGUUUAAACAAACUGUUGGACUUGCAAAGAUCGACGUCCAUGAGCGCAUUUUUAAGCGGCUUAGAGAGCAGUGGUUGGUUGAAGCACAUUCGCUCCAUUUUGGAAACCGCUUGGUUUAUUGCACGGGCAGUUUCGAAUGGCGUGAGUGUGGUUGUGCAUUGCAGCGAUGGAUGGGAUCGCACUGCACAAGUAUGCUCGCUGGCUGCAUUACUGUUAGAUCCAUAUUACAGGACGAUCCAAGGUUUCCAAGCUUUAAUAGAAAAGGACUGGCUGUCGUUUGGUCAUAAAUUUAGCGAUCGUUGUGGCUACAUCAGCAGCGAUGGUAAAGAACUCGCCCCAAUAUUUACGCAGUUCAUAGAUGCAACGUAUCAGCUGCUGCAACAAUAUCCAUACAAGUUUCAGUUCAAUGAGUAUUUUCUUUUAACAUUACACGAUCAUGUACAUAGUUGUCAACAUGGCACGUUCAUCGGUAAUUCAGAAAAGGAAAGGCAAAUUUUAAGAUUGUCUGAGCGAACGUAUUCAUUAUGGGGCUACUUGGCAAACAACAUGAACGAGUAUAUAAACCCAAUUUACAGGUGCAAUCGUUACAAUAACGAGGAGUCUGUCGAUGUACUUCGACCUAAACUGGCGCCACAAUCUAUUAUCCUUUGGAGAAACUUGUAUUUCAGAUUUGAAAGUGGGAUACACCCUAGGGAGACAUGCGAAGACUUGCUACUGACGAUUCAUGAUCACACGAGUUCUUUAGAGGAUCAUGUGAAACUUUUGCUAAAACGAAUCAACUUUCUGGGACAAAUUUUAAGUACAAACGCAAAUAACACUCAGAGGAAGGAAAAGCAUAAAUUUGAUAAUAAAUUCAUGAAGGAAACUUUAUCGGAGACCAUAAUAGAGAAUACUGCGAAUCACGACGAGAAGUUAAAAGCUAAAUUAAAGACGAAUCAAUUGGAGAAUGAGUUGAAGACGGUUGCUUUAGAGUGGAAAUCGUCGCGAAAUAUGGAAGAAUGUGGAUGUUCUACUACGUUUGAUGCUUUCAACAAGAAGCAUCAUUGCUGGUCCUGCGGUGAUGUGUUGUGCACAAGGUGUAUGGCGGUGCACACCAAAUUACCUGGACACCUGUCGCAACGUGCCGUACCUACGUGUAAAUCAUGUUACCAGAAUUCCGGCAUAUCCGCCACUAGUCCUUAAGUACAUUCUAUUUAACGCCGAUAUAUACUUAUAAUCACUUUGUAAUCCUUAUUUGUAUGUACAUGUCGUUUAAAUGAACGAAUGAAGGUGCGUAGUACACGUGAAA